GCAGAAAAACCGCUGCUAUUUGUUCUAUAUAUAAAACCAAGUUACUCACUCGCAGGUUCAGUUUCUUACUCUUUGAUUGUGAUCAUGAACCUCAACACCAGUUUUCGUCUUCAAUUGCUUUUUGUUCUCAUCUUCCAUUAGUCUCAAUCCCACUCUGCUUUCCCUUCUCCCACUUUCCACCCACCGACACCGCCGAUGCUGCCACCCGCCACAGCCGCGGUGAUUGUCUUCUUCUGCCUCGCGCUCAUCUCGCCGGCGUCUCCGGUGACCCUGACGCUGGAGAGAGCGUUCCCUUCCAAUCAUGGAGUGGAGUUGAGUGAGCUCAGAGCUAGAGACAUGCUCAGACAUCGAAGAUUCUUGCAGUCUGUCAGCUAUGUUGUUGAUUUCCCUGUUAAAGGCACCUUUGACCCCUCACAAGUCGGGCUUUACUAUACAAAGGUGAAAUUGGGUACCCCACCAAGGGAAUUUUAUGUUCAAAUUGACACUGGGAGUGAUGUUCUCUGGGUUAGUUGUGGUUCUUGCAAUGGUUGUCCUCAGACAAGUGGGCUCCAAAUUCAGCUCAAUUAUUUCGAUCCGGGGAGUUCGUCGACAUCUUCAUUGAUAGCUUGUUCGGAUCAAAGAUGUAGGAAGGGAGCACAGUCGUCGGAUACAAGCUGUUCUGGUCAGAACAACCAAUGCACUUACACAUUCCAGUAUGGAGAUGGUAGUGGGACCUCAGGCUAUUACGUGUCGGACUUGAUGAACUUUGCCAGUCUUUCGGAGGGAUCCCUGCCGUCAACCGCUGCAGCGCCCGUAGUUUUUGGUUGUAGCAACCUGCAGACUGGGGACUUGACAAAGUCUGAUAGAGCCAUUGACGGGAUAUUUGGAUUCGGGCAAGAUGGCAUGUCCGUUAUCUCCCAGCUCUCAUCGCAAGGAUUAUCACCAAGAGUGUUCUCUCACUGCUUAAAAGGAGAUAGUAGUGGCGGAGGCAUAUUGGUUCUUGGUGAGAUUGUGGAGCCAAACAUGAUUUAUAGUCCACUUGUUCCUUCACAGCCCCAUUACAAUUUAAAUCUGCAGAGCAUCUCUGUCAAUGGCCAAAUUUUGCCAAUUGAUUCUGCUGUUUUUGCGACAUCAAAUAACAGAGGCACCAUUAUUGAUUCUGGGACAACUUUGGCAUACCUUGCAGAAGAGGCUUACAAUCCCUUUGUCAACGCGAUAACAGUUGCUAUUCCACAAUCUGUACGCACGGUUCUUUCAAGGGGAAAUCAGUGUUACUUAAUGACCACCAGCAACUUUGACAUUUUUCCUCAAGUAAGUCUGAACUUUGCUGGUGGUGCAUCUCUGGUUCUAGGACCCAGUGACUACCUUAUACAGAAGAGUUAUAUUGGCGAUGGAUCAGUGUGGUGUAUUGGCUUCCAGAAAAUCCCGGGUCAAAGUGUAACAAUUCUAGGAGACCUUGUUCUAAAAGACAAAAUUUUUGUCUAUGAUCUCGUUGAUCAACGCAUUGGAUGGGCUAACUAUGACUGUUCAUUAUCGGUUAAUGUGUCUGCAUCAACUGGAACCGGUAGAAGUGAAUUUGUUAACGCAGGAGAGUUCAGUGGAAGCACUUCUUUACAUGAUGGACCUCACAUGUUCAUAAAGACAGGGCUCUUUGCUCUCUUCAUGCACAUAAUAGUGAUUGUAUUUUUGUAGAGAAUGUAAAAUUAGAACUAAUAUUUAUUGAUUUUUACAAUGUAUAUUUUCUUGCCAGUGUAUCUGAGAAAAUUAAUAGAAGAAGAAAACUGAAAGUGGAACUAUUGAAUUGAAUUGAAUUGAUUAGUGAACAAAUGUAUACAAAGAGGAAGUGCUUUAUACUUGUA